UCGUCCUUCCCAACGGUGGUGCAGUCAACCAGGAAUGGUCGAAGACAAAAGGAUACAACGUACCCGAUGGAUCCAUUAUUACACCAAAUUUAACUCAGCCCCAUGAUAUCAGACAAUCACCCUGCAGGACCCCGCCUACAACCAGCUGAGGCUUGACUCCUUGAGGCAUGUUGCAGACCCUUUUGAAGAUCCACAAUCUUCUUAAGCCUCGUGAAACAGAAACAGCCCAGUGUCGGCACGCCCAUAACCAGCUGAUAGGCUCAACAGAACUUUCCACCUCAUUGCACAACAACCGACCGAAUUUUCUUAAAUCAUGAAGUUAACGAUAGCUGUUCACUCGAUCUUUUAUACCCUGGUAUUCAUGAUCAUGACUAGCACUAUGACAGUUGAAGGACUUCGAUGCCGCAAUCCAGCGUUGUCCCAACCAGUUUGCACCGAAGGGUCAAAUUAUCCGAAAGCAAUCAUCGAUAAAGAGAACAAAACCUUUACUUGCCCGGGAUCUAGUUCUCCACGGUGUUGCAAUUAUGAUCCGGCUGAGGACCCACCCACCAUCUCUUGUACCCCCAAAGUCAAUUAAGUCAGACUUUAACCGCUUGUGAAUACAUAAAUAUGAGCACAAUUUCAACUCCCCCUCCAUCCCAGCUUCCGCUCACAAGUGUACAAAUUUGAAUGGGCCCAGAACCGAAACCCAUUCCAAACAAUUCAUUAAAAUUCUGAACAAUUUCUUGUAAUGUGCAACAUGCACUUUGUU